AUGGUCACCCCUACAGCUGCCCGCAUGAUGCAGGCUACUCGAGCCCAGUUGUUCAGACAAUCACCAGCACAGUUCAAAGGGCUUGUCAUGCGCGAAAAUCGAGUCCCCUACUACCAGCGCCUGUUCCAGACCCAUGACGGCAAGCGACAAUGGUGGAAGACAUCUCGAAGUGGUUACUUCCUCUACCCAUAUUACGCCAUGUUGGUCGGCAGUCUGUCAUUUUCCGUCUACGGCAUGGUCCGCAUGGUUUUCGGCAAGAAGACACUCAUCUAG